AUGAAAGCUAAAAAGACUAAAGGAUUCAAAAAGAAUCUUUCCUUUUAUCGAAUCAAUUUUUCAUUUCAACCACCUUAUCAAUUAGUCUUUGAUGGAAAUUUUAUUAAAUAAAUGCUUGAUCAUAAUGUAGAUCUUGAUAAAGUAAAAGUAUAUAAUUAUCUAAAGCAACUUUUCAAAUAUACAAAAGCUAAAAUAUGGAAACAUACUACACUUUGUGUCUUAAGAGAAUUAACAAGUUUAUAACACUUAUUUCCUAGAGUUUUUAAAUAUGCUUAAGGAUUAUCUAAAAUCAAUUGUAAACAUAUUGAUGGUGUCAGUCCAGCGGAAUGUCUAAUUGAUAUUGUCUAACCAAAACCUGAAUUUGGUGGAAUUAACAAUUUCUUUUGGAUUUGUACUUAAGAUGAUGAAUUAAGAUCCAAUUUAUUAUAAAUUGAUCAUGUGCCUGUUUGUUAUCUAUUUUAAAAUAAUCUAUUUGAAAUGGCAGAACCAUCAAAAACUUGUAAAAUGAAUAUUAAAAGUCUCAAAGAAAUAAAAUAUUUACCUAAUGAAAAAGAAAAAUUAAUUAUUUUACCUAUUCAAAAAGAAAUCAAAAAAUUACAAGCAGAAAAAAGAAUGGAAAAAGAAAGAAAAUUAGCUAAAGAAUUAGCUAUUAAAAUUAAAAAACCAGCUAAAGGUCCUAAUCCUUUAUCAAUUAAAAAAAAAAUUCAAAAAUUAAAUAAAACUAUAAAUAAAAGAAGACAUAAAAUAAAAAAUAAAAAAACCAGAAGAUUAAAUAAAUAAUCUGUGAAUAAUGAAAUUAUUGAAUAAAAUUCCUGA